AUGAGCCACCGCCACGCCACACCACGUUUUCUCCUUUCCCCAGGUCUUCCCCAGACGCGUGUUAUCAUUCGCGAGGACCCUCAAGAGACGUCGGUGUAUAUCGCCGACUACAUCGUCAGCCGCAUCAAGUCUUUCAACCCUACCGAAGCUCAACCCUUCGUCCUGGGCCUUCCUACCGGCAGCAGCCCCGAGAUCAUCUACAAGAUCCUCGUGCAGCGCCACCGCGCCGGCGAGAUCUCUUUCAAGAAUGUCGUCACCUUCAACAUGGAUGAAUACGUGGGCCUACCUCGCGACCACCCCGAAUCCUACCACAGCUUCAUGUACAAGCACUUCUUCUCGCACGUCGACAUCCCCCCACAAAACAUCCACAUCCUAAACGGCAACGCGGAAGACCUAACCUCCGAAUGCGCCGCAUUCGACGCAAGCAUCGCCCGAUUCGGCGGAAUCGAGCUAUUCCUCGGUGGCGUCGGACCAGACGGCCACAUCGCCUUCAACGAACCAGGAUCAUCCCUCGCCAGCCGCACUCGCGUCAAAACCCUAGCCUACGACACAAUCCUAGCCAAUUCACGCUUCUUCGACAACGACGUCAACAAAGUGCCCCGCAUGGCAAUGACAGUCGGUAUCCAGACAAUCAUGGACAGCCGCGAAGUCGUCAUCGUCGCAACAGGUGCCCACAAAGCCUUCGCCUUACAAAAGGGUCUCGAAGACGGUGUGAAUCAUAUGUGGACACUUUCCGCACUACAGCUACACCCUCACCCAUUGGUAGUCUGCGAUCGGGAUGCCACGCUUGAAUUGAAGGUCAAGACAGUGCGAUACUUUGAAUCGAUUGAGUCGGCUGGUACGGAUGCGCGGACUCAGGGUCCCGCGCUCGUCUAUCGUCCUCGCACUUAUAUGCCUGCGCCUAUUGUUACUAAGAGAACUUCUGCUCCGCCGCGCCAGCAGCCUACUCCUGACCGCACGCCUGUGAAGGUUCCCAAGGAUCUUCGUAUUAAUACGGAGCUUCGGACUACUAUGGAAGACGAUGAGCUUACGCCUGAUAGCAUGUCUUCGCGAAUGGUCGACUCUGCUAUCGGGGGGGUUGGACGGUGCGCUUAA